CAAUGUGUAGUCACUGGUAGUAGAAUGCAGUAGAAUGAUGGCAGAUGUAAACUAGUGAGAUAUGUUAAAAUUGUAGUUUCAUAAAAUAAUCAUGGAAGAUAUUAAUGAUAAGUUUUUUUACGUGUACAGUUCUUCUUUAGACACAAGAAUACAAAUUAAAAUAGGAACUUUAGAAGGUAAAAGGCAACGACCAGAAUAUGACAAAUUACUUAUUGAUCCCAUGUUAAAAUAUUGUGGCUUAUAUGGAACCAAUGGAGGGCGUGGAGAUUUAGCAGCUUCUUUACAAGUCUGGGCUGGUGGAAGACCGCUUGCUUUACCUGUUCACACAGCUUAUAAACAUUUUACAUCACGUUGGAAUUGGAAUCAAUGGGUCAGUCUUCCUAUCUCUUAUUCAGAUUUACCAAGAGAUGCUCAGUUGUGUAUAAGUUUAUAUGACUGUGCUGGACCUGGCAGACAAUUACCAGUUGGUGGAACAACUAUAUCUUUAUUUGGAAAGCAUGGAGUAUUUCGUCAAGGAAUGUUAGAUUUAAGAGUAUGGCCUGGAGUAGAAGCAGAUGGUGAUGUACCUUCUAGUACACCAGGAAAAACUAGAGAUCAUGGAAAGGAACAAAUGCAACGAUUAGCAAAACUAGUUAAGAAACAUAGAAAUGGUCAAAUGAAUAAAAUUGAUUGGCUAGACAGGUUGACAUUUAGAGAGAUUGAGUUAAUUAAUGAAAGAGAGAAAAGAGCAUCUGAAUAUUUAUAUUUAAUGAUUGAGUUUCCAGAAGUAACUAUGGAUGGUAUACCGUAUUCUAUAGUAUAUUAUGAAAAAGAUGGAGAUGAAGUUGUUCAACACAGAUCACAGCCUGAUGUUGUAACUCUUCCUGAUUAUGAAAUUUUGCAAGAAAACUUGGUAGAAGCAAAGCAUCACAAAUUGGCUCGAAGUUUACGAAGCGGAGGUCAUACAAAGGAAUUAAAACCAACUUCGAGUGUUCGCGAUGCUUUAAAUACAAUAUUAAGUUAUCCACCAACGACCGCUCUUUCAACAGAAGAACAAGAUUUAAUUUGGAAAUACAGAUUUUACUUAUCAAACCAAAAAAAGGCCUUAACAAAAUUCGUAAAAUGUGUAAAUUGGAAAGUUGCCGGAGAAGAGCGGCAAGCAUUAGAAAUGCUAGCAUUGUGGGCACCACCUGAUCCUGAAGAUGCAUUAGAAUUACUUGGUCCAGCAUUCACACAUCCAGCUGUUAGAAGAUAUGCUAUAGGUCGACUUAAUCAAGCACCCGACGAUGACUUAAUGUUAUACUUGUUACAGUUAGUACAAGCUUUAAAAUAUGAAGAUUUUGAAGGUAUAAAAAGGGCUCACCAAACAUUAAUGAAAGAAAAAGAAUGUGAAAAGGUUGAAAAAUUAGAUAAUGAUGUACAAAUCAAUGAUUCUUCAUCUACACCUAUAACAGCUUCCACUGAAUCCGAAAAUGGACAUUUUUCAACGAGUCAAGACUGUCUUAUGGAUUUAGCAUCCUUUUUGAUUACCCGCGCAUGUCAGAAUACCACAUUGGCCAAUUAUUUCUACUGGUAUCUCUCUAUCGAAUGCGAAGAUCAGAAUGAUCCAGCAAUAAGUGCAAAACAGGAUACACGAGUUAAGGAAAUGUAUAUUACUGUAAUGUCAAUGUUUUCAACAAUGCUAGCUCAAGGAAAUGCUGUUUGGCAGAAACGAAGAGCAUUUCUUAAACGUCAAAAAAUGUUUAUUGAUCAAUUAGUAGCACUGGUGAAAGCAGUAGCGCGAGAAAGCGGGAAUCGUAAAAAGAAGACUGAUAGACUUAGGUUGUUGCUCGCAGAUCCGGAUCCAGCGUUUAAAAUAAAUUUCUCAAACUUCGAACCGAUUCCUUUUCCCUUGGAUCCAGAAAUUUGUAUCAAGGGAAUUAUCCCCGAAAAGGCAAGUCUUUUUAAAUCAGCUCUUAUGCCAUCGAAAUUAACUUUUUUAACGACAGACAACAGUGAAUAUAUUGCAAUUUUUAAACAUGGCGACGACCUCAGACAAGAUCAAUUAAUUCUACAAACAAUAGCGCUUAUGGAUAAGUUAUUAAGAAGAGAAAAUUUGGAUUUAAAACUUACUCCCUAUAGGGUACUUGCAACAAGUACUAGACAUGGAUUUUUACAAUUCAUCGAGUCUACGACAGUCGCAGAAGUCUUAGCUAGUGAAGGUUCGAUAUUAAGUUUUUUCCGGAAGCAUCAUCCGUCUGAAACUGGCCCUUAUGGUGUUGUUCCUGAAGUUAUGGAUACUUAUGUUCGAAGUUGCGCUGGCUACUGCAUUAUAACGUAUGUACUCGGUGUUGGUGAUCGACAUUUAGAUAAUUUACUUUUGACAACGUCAGGUAAACUCUUUCACAUAGAUUUCGGUUAUAUUUUGGGCAGAGAUCCAAAACCUUUACCACCACCAAUGAAAUUAAGUAAAGAAAUGGUCGAGGCUAUGGGAGGUGUAGGAUCAGAGCACUAUCAUGAAUUCAGAAAACAGUGUUAUACAGCAUUCCUGCAUUUGCGUAGACAUGCAAAUUUAAUAUUAAAUUUAUUCUCGUUAAUGGUUGACGCUAGCGUACCAGACAUAGCGCUUGAACCAGAUAAGGCAGUAAAAAAGGUUCAAGAUAAAUUAAGAUUGGACUUAAGUGACGAAGAAGCAGUGCAUUAUGUACACAAUCUUUUGGACUUAUCAGUAACAGCAGUAAUGGCAGUAUUAGUGGAACAAUUACACAAAUUUGCACAAUACUGGCGAAAAUAA